AUGCCCGCCGCGCCCAGCUCCGCGCCCAGCUCGAGCUCCCUCACCGGUGCCUGCGUCCAGGGCCCAGACCACCCGCAGGAUGCCUUCGCCCAGCUGGUGGCCAGCAAUGUACUGCUGACCAACGGGACCCUGCGCUGGCACAGCGAGCGGGGCUUGGCGGAAGUCUCACUGGCGCCGGGCCUGACCUACGACACGCUCAAGCGGGAGCUGGUGGUGGCGCAGGGCGGGGUCUACUACGUCUUCCUGCACCUGGAGCUGCGGCGCGUGGUGGCCGGCGGCGGCUCAGGCAGCGUCUCCGUGGCCCUGCACCUGCAGCCAGACCAAACCGCCGCCCUGACCCUGGUCCUGGACCUGCUGGCAGCGUCCUCCGACUCCGCCGGGAGCUCCCGGGGCCUCCUGCUGCGCCUGGGCAGUGGGCAGCGCUUGGCGGUCCACAUGCGCGCCUCGGCCGGGGCACAUCCCGCCUGGCAGCUGGCCCAGGGCGCCACGGUGCUGGGCCUCUUUCGCGUGGCCCCCGAAGACCCCACCGGACUGAGUCCGCCAUCUCCGCGGCCUACGUGA